AUGUCUGUCACCGGGCAGAGUAGGGAUGGCCCGAACAAGAGACAGCCGCAAGAUCCGGUGCCUGCUGAGAUAGGGCUUGGGGGCAACGUGGAGAGCGAUAUGCAGUGGGUGGAACUGGAGAGGGCUCUUGGGAUGAUCGACGAGGAGGUGGCCGGCCUGCUACGGAGGAGAAUCAGAAACAUGCAGAGUUUAGCCGAGAGGCAGGCCCGAGCGGAGACUCAGAAUCGUAUCGCUCGUCUCGAGGAUUCUCUAGUAGAAGCACAUCAGACUAUCAAGCGCCUUACCAAAGAGAAAUCAGUUAUGGAAGACGAGAUGAAGGAGGUUGAGGAGCGUGUUGUGGCGGAGUAUCGACUCUCCGUCAAGGGCCAAGAGCGCAACCGCCCCUCAGGUCUGCGGCCUCUUGGACUCUCUUCAAAAGCGAGGCCAGCAUCUAUCAUUGUCGAGGAUGCUGCUCAAGCGAACAAGAAUCGCUUGUCCGUCAGCAAAGCGUCAGAGGACGAGCGAAGAACCUCGCGCCUGCUCAAUCUCCCUUACCGAUCCUCCACAGUCCCUGCGCCUACUCCUUCCUCCGCCCGUUGCCCCGAUACCCCUCCCUCUGCCUCUUCAGCAGACUCUUCGUCUUCUUCAGAUUCUUCGUCCCCCUGCACCCCUACCCACUCUCCCAUCCAUAAGCCGAGACAAUCUUAUCGAAUCAGUCAGACAUUUACCGGUCUUUCGUCCUACUCGGUCAACGCUCAUGCGUACGAGGAGCUUGAGCUUCUUGUAGUCUCUCCCCCAAAGUCUACCUCUGAGAGCAAGUCGAUGUCUUUGAGCAUGGCUCCUAGUGGCGAUGAGGGCAAGCUAGUCGCUGCACGAGUCAGGAGAGGCAGGCCCCAAACUGUUUAUGGCUGGGCGCCGCCUACACCAUCCGAAGACGUCUCCACAGGGCUGAUUUUGGGGGAUGCUACCUGCCCCAUUACUAGCACGUAUAACAAGCUUGUGGGGACUAGUGCUCCAAAUCCGGCCAGUAGUCAUGGGAGGAAGGCCAGGCUCAGAGAGAGUCUACCGCCAACGAUGGAGGAGGUGAUACCCAUACAGGGGCAAACAACAACAUCUUUCAGAGCAGAAAGGCGCUCUUUGAUCGAGCCCCGCUCAAGCAUGAUAUACAAAGCUCGCAAGCGGUCUUCCGUCGCCCUUGAAGACCCGCACGUUCCCGAGAGCGGAGAGGCCCAGCCUUCCCUGCUUGAAGGCUAUCGUCAGACUCAACGCUGUACGCGGCGGAAGACGCUGCUCAUCACAUCCCCCUCUUCUCCUCUACCCCUCAUGCCCAGUUCCCCAACAGCAGCUCGCCCGAUCGCCCCGCGUCCCCACAAACGCCAACAGCAACAGGGACAGCUCAAGCUUUACGAGACCAGUCCGGUAAACAUGAACAACCCUAGGCAGAUGACGGCGCUUUUGGGAGGGAUCGCGAAGGCGUCAGGAUGGAUGACAGUGGUCGGAUUCGCGGGGCUUACAGUAGGAGGGUGGAUGAAGAAAUGA